AUGUGUUCUAAUGAUAAUCCAACAACACGAUCGAUCGUAACUGAUUAUUUCAACUGGCGUUUAAAAAAUAAAACAAUAACAAAUAAUCGUUUAUUUAUGAUUAUACGUAAACUUGCUUAUGAUUGUGAAACAAUUUAUUAUUCUCAACAACCAAUAUUUAAUGUUCAUUUGUCAUCAUCAAUAAUCGAUCUUCAAAAUAUUCAUUAUGAAAUAACAACUGAAUUAUUUAAUGAUGGAACAAUAACAUGGAGUCGAAUUAUAACAUUCAUUUCAUUUUCAGCUAUACUAGCUGAAUAUUUUAUACAGCAACAACAACAAAAUAUGGAUUUCUUUAUAUCAUCAAUUAUUGAUUGGACAACAAAUUUUAUUGAUAUAAAUCUUCAUACAUGGCUUGAAAGUCAAAAUUAUUGGACUGGAUGUUUGAAGAUUUAUGAUAAAACUUCACAACGACGAAAUUCUAUUAGUCGCUAUGCAAGUAUUCUUGGAACUAUAGGCAAGUAUAUUACAAUGCUUUUAAGAGAAUGA